AUGGGAGAUCCAAAUCACCAGAGGAACUUCCAAAGUUUCAAAAAAGUGCCAACAUGGAUCAUGUCCAAGGUCUAUGCCUCGGAGCUCUUUUCAACAUCGCAGCUACAAAUGACUUGGUCAUGGGAAGAAGACUGUGUAUCUUUGGAUUCUGUCGUUCCGUUGAGAUGUUUAGUGGUGUUGUUCAAGACACUGUCUUAUAACAUGGUGGAGAGUAACACUCCUUACUUCUGUGUUAAAAAGAUCGUUCCUACAGAGAAAGAGAGCAACGACGGUUUACAAGAGAAAAUAACAAUGAUAGUGGUGGUUCCAAUCUCUGGGGCGUUCCUCCGGCUGCAGAAAGACUUCAUCUUGAUGAUCAAAGAGGUGGAGCUAUAG